AUGACAUCUGCAAGACGCUCAGCCCAUCAGCGCAAAGUAGCCAUUGCUUCAGCAGACACUGAGGCGGGCAUGCCUGCAGUACCAUCCGAGGACGAAAUUGAAGAGGCGAAGUCACCCCUGUAUGUCUCCCUGCUUGGAAGUGCCCUGUCGCGUGGUGCUUUCACAGCAGAUGCUUGCAGUGAGGAGAAUAUCCCUGUACAGAACAACCCACGCCCCCUGCGACGACUCAUGGGGGACAAGGCAGAAUAUUGGGUGAACGGGUCCGGUGAUCUCUUGCACAUGAAAUUUGUGGCGAGGCUUGACUUCCAUGGCCAAUACAGUCGGCUUGGCCCAUAUUUUAACUUGUUUGACUCUGGGAUCGAUGUGGCCAGCCUCAGGAAAACACGAGCGCAGUUUGAACUCCACUUCCUAGCGCCAGAGGAUGAAGACAGUGGGGAUUAUCCCCAAGAAGCUCUAGAGAUGUCGUGUAGGGUGCUGGAUACUUUGUCUGCACUGACUACAGAUAUUGAAGACACGCGUAAUGCUGGCAUUCCAGAGGCUGAACACCCUGCAAUGUCUGGCUUUGAGCUAAUGAGAUGGGCCAACCAAGGCAAGGCCAAGCAGCUUGCACAGGCUUCAGCAGCUGCGAGGAGCUCCCGUGCGGCGAACACUAGCAACCACGGAGAGUUCCUGCGCAUCCGCGACCUGCAUGACCCAGACAAUCGCUAUUCAGGCCUUGGCUCACUUAAAGAAACUAAAGUGGAGUGCCCCGAGGUGCGGGACGACAAGGGAUUGUUAAUCCACCCUAGGGAGUAUGGCAUAAAGUUGGCCCGGGCCCGCUUUGUCGAGGUUGAGGUGUACCUGAAGCUGUGGAAUAUCGGGAAGAGCGACAAGGACGAAGCGACCGAACGCGAGAGAUAUGGUUCUCACAAUUACCAGCUUAUCCUUCGCCGGAUGCAGCUGCUGCCAUCCAUGGAAUACACGAUGGCGCGGAUGCUUGCUAAAGGCAAGAGGAAGGCAUCAGAGGAUCUUGGCAGUCCCUCACCUGUCAAGAGGCCUUCUGGCAUCACCAGUGAAGACAAGGAGAUGGAAGAUCUCUGAUCGCUGCUGACUCUGGUGUUGUGCCUUC